AUGAGAAUCAUGACAGUAGUGUGUCAACAACAACAACAACAACAAAAGACAACAGCAGCCAUUUGCAAGUCGAAAUCAGUGAAAAAACCAGCAAAAAGAAAAUUGGCUACCACCAUCAACAACAAAAGCAACAACAAUAAAACGACGACGACGACCACGUCAAAGUCGAAAAAAUCACCAGCCACAUCGAAAUUGAAAAAUUCUAAAAAAUCAGCCUUAAAACCAAAGAAAAAAUCACAGCCAAAACGAUCCGAUGAUGAUGAUACUGAUGAAAAUGAUUCCAAUGCUGAGGAGUCGUCAUUGGACCAUGAAAACGAUAAUAAAAAGGAUUCAAAACGACCCACGAAAAAGAAUAAGAAAGCAACGGCACUUGGUUCAAAGAAAACGGUGGCCAAUAAUGAUCAAGAAUCUACGGCCAAAGAAUCUACGAUCAAAGAUGUUUAUACGUUUGAACUGUCACCAGGAGAAACGGUGACAAAAGCAACCACAAAGGAUAAUUCUGAUGACAAAAUUGAGCUAUCAACAAAGAUGGCAAAAUGUGAUUCCUUAUCUGAUGAUUUAUCGGCAAUGCAUCACCACACUCAACAUCAUCCGUAUCACUAUCAACAUCAUCAUCAUCUUCAUCAUCACCAGUCCUAUCAUGAACCACAAUCAAAAGCCAACACAUAUGGACCAAAUGCAAGUCUUUCAAGUCUAAGUCAAUUGAGUCAAUCGAUUGGUAGUGCAUCCACCAAUCAACCGGGUCCAGCUCUGUUGCCGCCGCCGCAACCACAACCGACGGAAUUGAACAUCAAAGAAGAACCGAGAGAUGAUUCACUUCGAACAUCAUUUGCAACUGCAUCAUCAAAACAACAACCACAACGACAACAGUCAGAUGAUAAACAUUUCCAUUUUGAUAACAACAAUGAUAAUCGAGCAAUGAUGAUGCCCAACGAUAUGCAUUUGCAUCACCACCAUCAACAUACUCAUCCUCAUCAUCAUUCAUUAAAUUCGAUUCAUCAUAGUAAUAAUGGCAACAAUGCUCAUCAUCUGGCUAGUCAUACAUUCAACACCGGUUCGAAUGUGAUUACGAAAAAUAACAAUGGACACCAUAAUCGAUUAUGGUCCAAUGCUAGUGCCGGUUCCUUGAUAUCAUCGUCCAGUUCGGCAUCAUCAUCACCGGUACAUCCCGUAUUCGGUAGUAAUGGUGGUGUUGGUGGUGGUGGUGGUCAAUGUCCGCCAACACCGGCUACACCAGCAUCAUUGGCCAGUUAUUUUACUCCAUCCACAAUGCAAUCGCUGCCGUUGCCAUCAUCAUCAUCAUCAUCAUCGUCCAUUUAUUCGUCAUCACAGAGUCAAGAAUUACUUCGACAUGAAUUGGAUUCACGAUUUUUGGCAGCAUCGAUUGCUGCUGCCGCUGCUGCAGUAUCUACUUAUGAUGGCAGCAGUAGUCGUCAGCUGCAACCACCGUUACCACCACCAUUGACGUCGUUUAAUAAUAUUUCCGGCGGUGGUCCAUUGACACCUACACCUCAUCAUCACCUGUUUGCACAUAAUCUGAAAAAUUCACCGUCACCAUCGUUGAUGAUGAUACCGCCACCACCAGCGCCGUCAACAGCAGCAUCAACGACGACUACGACUACAACAACGACGUUGGCCAAUGCAUCACCUUACAUGUCUAAUGCCAAUUCGCCUUACCCAUUGAAUAAUAACACGACGCCUAAUAGACCUUAUGAACAUGAUCAUAAUUCAUCAAUGUCAUCAACGUCAUCGUCCACAUUGACAAAUUAUCCAAUGGCCAAUUGUCGAAAGCCUGUUUCGACAACCAUGCAACAGCCACAGACUGUGAUCAUCAAACCGGUAGCAUCAGCGCCGAAUGUUGCACGAUCAACAAUGAAAUUCGAACAGCCAUCAUCAUCAUCAUCAUCAUCGCAAUUAUCAUUACAAGAGCGCAAAGGAAAGAUUCGUGGUGCCAGUAUGCAUGUCAAAAUUGCCUGGAACAUUUAUCAGGAUAGAAAAUACGCCAAUCUCAAUAAUAAAGGGGCAACAUUCGAGCGAAGAACGUGAUAUCAAAAAGGAAAAUUCAUCGUUCAUUCCGAUGAUGAAAAGUCAUAGAUCAUCUUCGUCUAUAUCGAAAGCCAAACAACAGC